UUGAUAGACAGAAGAGAAGCCUUCCCUGCAAUCGGCAUAUAAACUGUGAUACAUUGUGUCCAGCACUUAAACUUUGAUACGUGUCCAGCAUGCUCUAGAAACCAUCCAUUCUAAAAACAGUGAAGCUGUUUCUGUCCCGAAACCGAAAAGGGCAAAGGAAGUUGGGCCAGGUGAGACUGGUCCUUUGUGCAGUUUUUUUAAGGCUGAGAUGAAUAAAGCCGUACUCUCUAGGGAGUAUUCUUUUUUCAAACUCAGGCACCCCCUUGCUGAGUUGGUCGCAAUCAUUGUUUCGCUCCAGCAUUAACCACAUUCCAGAGAGGCGGAGUGCACCCCGUCCACUUCCUCGCAUUCCUUCUCCACAAACGAGUCCCUUGCGCUAAAUUGUGUUUAAAAUGGGUUUUGGCGCACUCUGUCUCUUUUAAUAUGUAAGAUGUGGCUGUUAGUGGUGCAUUGCAAUAUUUUCUCGACCUCAAAUUUAAAUGUGAGGCUCUUUUGGAAAACUGGAGAAAAACUUGACAAGGGAAAAUUCCUCCGCGCAGCGCGCCAUUGACUGUAAAGACCUUUCAAUUUAACAAAAACUGAAGUUGACAAAUGUAUGUUGAAACUUUGUGAUAAGGGUUUAUGUUUUCGAAGAAAAAGAUCAUGCACCGCUUCGAGAUUUCCAAGCACACUGGCUGUUCAGCAAACAGGCGACGAUACCUGGAUUGAGCCUGCGUUUUGUUAUGAUUUCCAAGUGAAAUGCAAUUACUGCUAUCUCACUCGGUAGUCGGUUUGUGGACUAGUGAUCUCUUUCUCUGAACUUGUUCGUCGGCUCCGGAGCAAACCAUGGAUCACUACGAGGAAGAUUUGGGACUCCGGGCGAGUAAAUUAAUGGAGGACCUUUCCUUAUAUGAAGCAUACAAGGAUGGAAUGUACAGUUUAAGGAGGGACAUGGUUAUCAACCCCGAUUUGGAUUUUUCGUCUCCAACGAUACCCGAGCAUAAAAGUACGACAAUGAAUGGCAGCUCUGCGCCUCACCAACAGAUACACACCGUUGAGAAUUACAUGUCUGGAAAUAAAGUGUACACUGCGGCUCCCGUGCGCCCGGUGAAUGGCAACAGAGCCGUUCCUGUGGAUUAUUGCACCCCUCAAAGAGACACAGUUUAUCCUAAUGAAGAUGGCUAUUGCACCAAAUCCGAAAUUGCUUUGCCGUGUUAUAGCGGCGCGUCCGAGCGACACAGGAGGUACUCCUUGGAGGUUCUGGGGCAUAGGUACAGCACUGGUAGCGCGUACGAUGGAGUGGUUUUGAACAAGCCAGUACCUUCACCUGGCAACAGAUGCAACAGUAUAUGUGUUACCACCAACCACGACGGCAGAUACAAUGCAACCAGCCCGCGGUCCAGUUUCGUAUCCUCCCUCUCCUCCCAGGAGCAAAGCAAACAUGCAAGCCCGAGGUCGAGCAUCAGUAGCCCGCGCACGAGUCUGGUGGUACCCGGGCAAGACAAGUAUACGAGUCCCAGGUCCAGUCUGGUACACUGUGAAGGGAGCAGUGCCCUCAGCCCCCGGUCUAGCUAUGCAAGUACAGCCAGCGACACAAGUAAACAUUCCAGCCCAAGGGCCAGUCUGAACAGCUAUGACUGCUGCAGUAAGCCCAGCAGUAACCGCACCAGCGGCAUCAGUAUGGGCUACGACCAAAGGCACAUCAGCCCCAGGUCCAGCACAGCGAGCCAGUAUUCUUGUACCACCAGUCCACGCUCUAGCUAUUCAGAUUCGCGUUACAUGACUGUGGAGAACCAUGAUCUGGAGGGUGCAGUUUUGCAUGGCAUGCCGGUGGCCAGUCCCCGGUCAAGCAUCUGCAGCCAGGACGGGUGCGCAAGACCCGGGACAAUAGCUAACUGCGUCGUUAGUCCCCGGUCCAGUAUCUCCAGUCACAGUUCCAGAAGUUCCCGGAGCUCCAGGGGAUCUAUGAGCACCUACCCAGAUCUCCAACUGCCUUCACCCAGGUCCUCAAUGCUGGGGACGGGUUUGCAGGAGGACAUACUAACACAAGAUUGUGGCGAUACCAACGGUGUUCAUAGUCGUAUCCAUCUCCAAGCGCUCUCUGGGAUGCCAGAGGCCCUGCCACAGCAUGCACCACAACAGUCAACCCAGGCAGGGAUGAACACAGAGGUGACCGCUGGAUCACCAUCAUCUUCUUAUGGGCUCCAUAUGAAAACUCCAGCCUCAGGGCAGAGGUUUAAACUACCUUACCAGGUGACCCCAUGCCGGGAAAGUGGCCCAAGCCAAGCAGAAAGGAGUCUGGAAGCACUCACCUUGGAGCUGGAGAAGGAGUUAGAAAUGCACAUGAAAAAAGAAUACUUUGGUAUCUGUAUCAAGUGUGGGAAAGGUGUGUAUGGAGCCAGCCAAGCCUGUCAGGCCAUGGGGAAUCUGUACCAUACCAACUGCUUCACCUGUUGCUCCUGUGGGAGGAGGCUGAGAGGGAAAGCUUUCUACAACGUCAACGGCAAGGUCUACUGUGAAGAGGACUUCCUGUACUCUGGCUUUCAGCAGACGGCAGAGAAGUGCUUUGUAUGUGGUCACCUCAUCAUGGAAAUGAUCCUGCAGGCACUGGGCAAGUCCUACCACCCUGGCUGCUUCCGCUGUGUGGUCUGCACAGAGGGUCUGGACGGAGUACCUUUCACUGUGGACGUGGAGAACAACAUCUACUGUGUUAAAGACUACCACACGGUCUUUGCCCCAAAAUGUGCCUCAUGCAACCAGCCCAUCCUCCCUGCUCAGGGCUCUGAGGAGACCAUCCGGGUGGUGUCCAUGGACAAGGACUACCAUGUGGAGUGCUAUCACUGUGAGGACUGUGGCCUCCAGCUAAACGACGAGGAGGGUCACCGCUGUUACCCCCUGGAUUGCCACCUGCUCUGUCACGGCUGCCACAUCCGCAGGCUCAAGGUCCCGGUGCCCGGCCACCAGCCACCCAGCUACCCACUACACGUCACUGAGCUGUGAGAGGGCAGGGUCGGCGAGGAACCAACCCCAGCCAAGCCCAACCCACCGCUGACCCGCCUCCCAGGUGACCUGAGACAACAUAGCAGAAAGAAGAAGGAAUCCCCCGCCCACGGAAUCCCGGGAACUUCAGAACCUCUUCUUGCAUGACAGAACAGAACAGAGAGACCCUGGGAGACUUCGCUCUCUACUUGCCGGCCGUGCCCUGGGGAGAGGAGAUAGAUACAGGGCCAUGGACAAGUCACAAGACCGGGCUGGGAGAGAGUCCACGUCUCUCUCUCUCUCUCUCUCUCAUCAGUUUUUUUCUCCCUCCUUUCUCCUUUUGGUCUGUGAACAGUGAAGCAGGCCGAGGCCCCAGCCCACCCAGAGGCCCUGGCCGAUGUCAGCACCGUGACCCCUGCACAUUCAUCACAGUGGGGACUGGCCUGGAUGGAGAGAGGGGGCCACUCUCUCUAUCUCCAUCGUUCUCUUUUUUCCUCCCUUUCUAUUUUCUUAAUUCCUUCGAGCUGAAGCCCAAUGCCAUGAUGCAUUUACUGCUCCUCUGUCAGAGAGAGAGAGAGAGCUGGACAGCGUCUCUGCCAGGAGACUGGGAGGCCAUGAAACAGGCCGCUACAUAACAUUCCAGCACUGUCUGGCAGGGAUAGAGGGUUGGACAUGCUGUGCCUUCAGAGUGGCCUUCCACUGAGAAACCUCACCGAAUGGUGACAGUGCCACAGUCCAGCUAUCUACGGCACCUUUUGGCUAUGCAAGGGUACCGAGUCUACCAGCAACAGAGCGCCUUUGUGUGACUCUGUGACACACUCUCCUGUACCAUCCCUUCAUGUGACUCUGUGACACACUCUCCUGUACCAACCCUUCAUGUGACUCUGUGACACUCUCCUAUACCAUCCCUUCAUGUGACUCUGUGACACAGUCUCCUAUACCAUCCCUUCAUGUGACACAGUCUCCUGUACCAUCCCUUCAUGUGACACUGUGACACAUGCUCCAGUGCUCCUUGGCAUAGUGGAUGUUCGUGGCACCACAUGCGCUGUCAGUAGCCACAGCGCUAGCCUGGGCUGGCACUCAUUCCACUUAGCAGUCUUAGAAGACGUGACCUCGAGAGAUUCACAAGCAGUGUCUCAACGAUUAUAUAACAAGAUAAAAAGUUAGAAGCACGUAGAUUGCCUAUAUAUUUUGCAGACAUUUUCCACAUAAGAUUCUAGAAUUGUAGUGUAUUUUUUUGCUGCGUUAUUAUUAUCAAAUGGAAUCGGAGGCCAAGCGAGCUGUCGGCGUCUUAACGGUCCUCUGAAGGGUAUUGGUCCGUUGUUUAAUUUCUCCUCAAGGACACAUGUCCUAGAGGCCUCUGUGUUGUCGUUGGUCAUGCGAUCCACAGACCUGUUAACAUGUACAGUUCCACACACUGGUUAUUUGACCCAUAUGGUAGCACUGAGUAAGUGAGUGUCUGACCAUCGAGAGUCCCCACAUAUCCUCCUCAUGCACACGUUACUGUGUCAUACCUACUGGUUGAUCGGAUUGUCUGGUUGGUUGUGGGAGUUGCUGGUCCAACCCAUGUCUCUGGGGAAUCCAUCCCCCGUGUUUUCCCUUGCUGGUUGUGCCCGUGUGUGUGUGUGUGUGUGUGUGUGUGUGUGUGUGUGUGUGUGUGUGUGUGUGUGUGUGUGUGUGUGUGUGUGUGUGUGUGUGUGUGUGUGUGUGUGUGUGUGUGUGUGUGUUUGUUGGUCUACAGACGCUGAGUGUACAAAACAUGAAGAACUGCUCUUUCCAUGGCAUAGACUGACCAGGUGAAUCCAGGUGAUGUCACUUGUUAAAUCCACUUCAAUCAGUGUAGUUGAAGACAGGUUAAACGCCUUGAGACAAUUGAGACAUGGAUUGUGUAUGUGAGCCAUUCAGAGGGUGAAUUGGCAAGACAAAAUAUUUUUAAGUGCCUUUGGACAGGGUAUGGUAGUAGGUGUCAGGCACACCAGUUUGUGUCACAAACUGCAAUGGUGCUGGGUUUUUCAUGCUGAACAGUUUCCCGUGUGUAUCAAGAAUGGUCUACCACCCAAAAAACAUACAACCAACUUGACACAACUGUGGGAAGCAUUGGAGCCAACAUGGACCUGCAUCCAUGUGGAACACUUUUGACACCUUGUAGAGUCCAUGUCUGAUGAAUUGAGGCUGUUCUGAGUGCAAACGGGGGUGUAACUCAAUAUUAAGGAGGUGUUCUUAAUGUUUGGUAUACCCAGUGUGUGUGUGUGUGUGUGUGUGUGUGUGUGUGUGUGUGUGUGUGUGUGUGUGUGUGUGUGUGUGUGUGUGUGUGUGUGUGUGCACCAGUGGCAGUGCCAUGGUGCAUGUACCUUGUUGAGUGAGCAGGACAACGGCCAUCCAGCUCCACAAAAUGACCCAUGCUCUCUCAAUCUCUCUCCAACAGAAAGGAUGGGUUAAGGCUCUGACUCAGGCCUACCCAGUACCUGCUCACAGUAGCCUAGUCAGAGGAACUGUCCUCUCAUACUACUGAAUCUAACAGACAAGGAGGCUGACGUAGAGAUUACGGAGAGGAGUGGCCGACACAGGCAUCAUGUGCUUUCUGAUGUAUCCCUCGAUGAGAUUCUUUGGAAUGUAAUUAUUAGUGUAUGUUUGGCAAACUGUUGUUUAAUUUUUUCUCUGCUCCCAGUUGUAUAUUUUCAAAAGUGAAAAGGCUAGUGUCCCUGGAGUACAUGUUUUUGCUGGGAAAUUCCCUUUGAUGGUAGAUAAACUGAAUCUCAGCAUAGUAUGACGAGACUCCUAGUCAAGGAAUGUGUAAUACACUUGAAGAAUGAGGCAAUGGCAUUUUCUGAACUGUAGUUUGAAUAGUACAAUAAGACCCACUCAUAUCAAUCUCAAAUCAUUUUUCAUUAAAGCAGAAAAUGUUUAGACUUGACAAGAGUUGAUCCCCUUUAACGAUGUCUUAAUACACCUCUUUUAAAAAAUACUACUUCAGUUCCAUUUCUAUUGCAUAGCACACAGCUAGUUUCCCCAGACCUGUGCAUAAAGAGGCUAGUUUUCCUUUCAUCCUCUGUCAUAAAUCACUCUGAAAGUGAAGACUUCUCUCUCUCCUAUCAGUAGUUUUCAAUAAGCACAUAUGACACCUCUGUCACAUCACUUUUGUAUCGCUUUUGUAUAAGUGUUUGAUUACCUAGAUGGUUCAUAAAAAAGGAACCUAGAUUUAUUUAUCUAAACAUGAAAAAGUCUAAAGUUAUUUAAUGUAUUAAAAAUCGGGACGUAUCAUUUAACUGUAGAUUAUAUAAUCUGCUUUUUAAAUAAAGUGGUUUUGUAGCUAACUUAAA